UUCCUUGCAUUUUCUUAGCAGAAUUGUAUGUCUGGCAGCUUUGAAGGUUCCUAAUCACAGUGCAGUUGGAGUUUGAGAGUGAGAGAUCAGAGAGAUAUGGAGGCUCUAAUGGAUUGGAAAUCGAUGGGUUCCCUAUAUGCAUCUUUGAUGUUUGUAAGAGGUGCAGUCAGAGAAGUAAUACCUCCAGAAGUUUAUAAAGCUGCAAAAACUACAUUCUUUUACUUCUUUACAAAUCUGCAAACAAAACUUGUUACAAUUCAUAUCCACGAAGUCGAAAAUGACAGCGAUAACGAUAUCUUUAAUUCAGUUCGACGUUAUCUAAGUUCGAAAUGUUUUGCUUCUUCUAAAUCUCUACGGUUGUCGAAAAUUAAGAACUCGAAGAACCAUACUUACACCAUGGUUCCUGAACAAAGUAUGGUAGAUAUGGUGGAUGGUGUCAAGCUCACUUGGUCUCUUCAUAGUGACCAGGUUGAAAAGGUAUCAAAGAGUGAGAGCUCAAGAAGUUUUUUCAAGCUGUGUUUCGAAGAAAAACACAAGGAGUUUGUGGAUUCUGCUUAUAUUCCUCAUAUAAUGAAAGAAGCUGAAAUUUCUAAAUUCAAGAACAGAAGGAAAAAGCUUUUUACGAAUCGGUCCGGAGAUUGUUGGUCACAGGUAUGCCAAUUUUCUCAUCCGUCAACGUUUGAUACAAUCGCGAUGGACCCAGUUCUUAAACAAGAGAUUCAAGCAGAUUUGAAGAAAUUUGUGAACAAAAGUAAGUUCUAUACCAGUGUUGGAAAAGCAUGGAAGAGAGGUUACCUUCUUUAUGGCCCUCCUGGAACAGGGAAAACAAGUUUGAUUGCUGCCAUUGCUAAUUACUUGGAUUUUGAUAUCUAUGACAUGGAGUUAACGUCUGUUAAGAACAAUUCACAAUUAAAAAGGCUUCUGAUUUCCACUUCAAGCAAAUCAGUAAUAGUCCUGGAAGACAUUGACUGUUCGUUAGAUCUUUCAAACCGAAAAGAGAAUAACAAUCAAGAAUGUGAUGAGGGGAAAAUGAAAACUAACAAUGGAACAAGUAAUGUGAGUUUAUCUGGUAUUUUGAAUUUUGUUGAUGGACUUUGGUCACCUUGUGCCGGAGAGAGAUUGAUCAUAUUUACAACGAAUCACAAAGAGAAACUUGAUCCAGCUUUACUAAGGUCCGGUCGAAUGGAUAAACAUAUUAGUCUGUCUUUCUGUAGUAUGGAAUCAUUCAGAAUUUUGGCGAAAAAUUAUUUGAAAGUCGAAGAACAUGAGUUGAUGAAAGAAGUUGAAGAACUGAUAAGUUCUAUACAGGUGACACCAGCUGAUGUUGCAGAGUGUUUCAUGGGCUAUGAUGAAGAUCCUGACGCGGGCAUGAGAAAUGUGGUUGAAGAAAUGAAGAGAAGAAAGGAAAUAAACAAGGAAGAAGAAAAAAUAGAUCAAACAAAGAAGAGAUUGCGGUCAAAUGACAAAGAAAACAAAGAAGUGAAGCGAUUGAGAUCAACUGGAGAUGAUCCAAAUCAAGAUCUGGAGAAAAUAAUGCCAGCAACUGAACAAGAAGAAAAAAGAAAGGAAGUGUAUGAAAACUAAGACAAGGAAGAAAACGACUAUGCAUAUUAAUUUAAUUUUGCAAUGGUAGGUGAUUAUAGCAGAGAGGAACCAUUGGCCACUGGACACAGUGAGCGAGUAGUUCGACUAUGAUCUGACCUGUGAGGAAAUCGUCCAGAUAACAUAACAAACCUGUGUGUUUUGCAAUCUAUAGCUAGUAUUUGAUUUUGGAAUGUAAGCUAGGUGCAGGCUUCAAUGUGUCAAAUGUGCUAUAGAUGCCUUCUCACAAAAUCAAUAAUCUGUAGAUAGGCCAGAUCAGUUACUAACCUUACAACAAUAAGAUUCUUAUAUAACCA